GAAGAACUCGAGCGCGAGCGAGAACGACGAUUCCUUUUCCGCGAGGCCGUGAAUACCGCCCACCAAAGUCGAUAUGACUCGUAUAAUCGCGUCAAGCUGAAACAGGCCGAUGUGAGAAGAUUGGUCAACGCGACCUUGAGUCAGAGUGUUCCGCAGAAUGUGGUGACGGUGGUGAUGGCCUAUACGAAAAUGUUUGCGGGUAUGCUUAUUGAAAGCGCAAAGGAGGUUCAGGAUGAGUGGCUGGCGGCAGAGGAGAAACGGCCGGAUGGGGAGGAGAUGACCAGCGCUGCCAACGUCCAACCCGGUGCUGGAAAUCUCGCCAAGUUCAUGGACGAGGUCGAUCGCGGUCCGUUGUUGCCUGACCAUUUCCGCGAAGCUGUCCGGAGAUACCGGAAGGCGAGAGAUGGUGGCACGACCGGAUUUACAGGAUUGAGUCUUGAGGGUAGAGAGAAUGCUGCAGUCAGAUCAGGUGGGCGGAAGCUUUUCCGAUGA